AUGGCGGACGAGGUGGUGUUGUUGGAUUUCUGGCCAAGCCCAUUUGGGAUGAGGCUGAGGAUUGCUCUGGCAGAAAAGGGCAUCGAGUAUGAGUACAAAGAUGAGGACUUGUGGAACAAGAGCCCAUUGGUGCUGCAGGUGAACCCGAUUCACAAGAAGAUCCCGGUUCUCAUUCACAAUGGAAAACCAGCCUAUGAUUCCCUCAUUGCGCUUCAGUACAUUGAUGAGGUUUGGAAUGAUAAGCCUCCACUCUUGCCCUUUGACUCUUACCUCACAGCCCAGGCCAGGUUCUGGGCUGACUUUGUCAACAAGAAGGUGAUUUUUACUCAUUAA